CCCUUAUUCCAGACGCAUUGACCUCGGACCGGCUUUCCAGAACCUUGCGCAACUCACCAACUCACCCCCGGCAACCAGACUGAAAGAACUCAAGUACAGCAGUAGAUCAAUUCUUUCUCUGCUUUAUCCAUCACAUUCUCACCGACGAUUCCAACCAGCCAUAUACGCCUCGCUCAAGAAGUGCGACGUAUCGAUUUGAAUCGCCAGAGAGGAAAGACUGCCCUUCAAUCAUCGAUCUUUCCCUGAACAUUGAGAGUUCUCGCCUCAACAUGUCCCCAACUAAAUCCUCCACAACAACCUCAGCCCUCACCGAGCGGUCUCCCAACACGGGUUCGCCCACGAAACCUCAAUCACCGAAGAAGAUGGGCUUGUCCAUCGAAGAGAAAGAGAUGCCUCGGUUCAGCCACACUGCGCAAAAGUACGCGGUCGGAGAAGCUCAGAACCAGACGUACAUUUCGCCGUCAGAUGCGAUUGCGAGUCCGACCACCAAGAAGUUGAGUGAGAUCAAGGGCAAGAGAUUCAUGAGCGCAAAGCCACAAAGAACACUUUUUGCAAAGACCUUGGCCGACAAGUCGCUUAAGAUGCAACAACAGCCAAAAUGAACCGUAUUGGCUAGGCGUACGGAAUGAAGCAGCGUUAUACGUUGAUCAAUCCUAUUGCUGAUCAACAGCGUGGGAGUCUAUCAUUUUGUUUGGGCUCCAAAUGCAAUUAUGGUGGUGAUGAUACUUCUCACCACUCCAAAACAUGUUACUUGGCGUUUGGAUACCUAGGUACCCUGUCUGGCAUCGGGUGGUUUUCUUUGUGUUUCAUUUUCCAUGCAGUAUGAAACAUGCAUAGGCUCUUCUGAUUACUGUGCCAUGAGUCGCCUUAUGGGACUACCGGCCAUUUGUUCUGGUUUGCGAGGUACAGAAAGCAAGUGGAACGAGUCUAAGAGUCGAACACAGGUCCCGAGGCUCAUUUGGAGGCCGUCUUGGCCUGUCCUAUCGAGGAACAGAUACCUCUUUUCAGUAGAUCGUGGGGAGAAUACUAUCCUGCCGUCACAAACUUGGUGCAUAGAUACCCUAUCAUUGUUUUCAAAGUCAUUCCGUCAUGCCACAAAC